UAAUAUCAUAGAACUUUGUUAUUGUACUUGUUUAAUAUUGGUUAUUAAAUAUCAAUAGAAAAAAAUGUCAUCUUAUUAAGUCUUCAUUUUUUGCUUCAUCUGUGAUUUCUUUGGCAUCUUUCUGGUUGAGAUUUUCCUAGGUGUUAAACAGUAAAAAGCCAAUAUCUUUUUGUUUCUGUAAGUGGUGAAGACUGAAGACAAAUAUGGGAACAAACAGAGAAGAUCUUGGAGGAUCUGAGGCAAUAUAUCAUGAAAUGGUUGAUGAUGAAGUUAAGGUCACUCAGAAAGUUCAAGUUGGAGCUAUACACAAAUUAAUAGCAGAGAAUACCAAGUCAAACAGUUUGGUCAUGAAGAAACCACACACGGUGAUUCCUGCUCAUAUAAUAGCAGAAGCAAUAUCGACAAUCCGCGAUAUCGAUCUUCGAUGGUCAGGUCCAAUAACACAGAAAGAAAUGGAAUAUGUAGAAGAAUAUGUACUAGCAAAGUAUCCAGAAUAUUCAGGUCUAAUUGAAGGAGAUGGAAGUGGAAUAGACAUGUCUAGUUUCAUCAUCAAUGAGGAGCCUUCGGAACCAAUGUUUGAUAUUGAUAGAAGAAAGUCACCAAGAUCACCUUCCUUUGGAAACAAUCUUCCUGAAAUGGAUAGGACACAAUUAGAACCAUCAAGAUUACUUGAUAUUCUCAACAAAAAAUCUUCUUUUCCUGGAAGUUUCAUCUCAAUACCUGAAAUUCAAGCUCAAAACAAGGUUUUGAAACAUUGUGGUUUGCCUGAUGAUGAGUACUUAGUUUUAUUCACUCCAAGUUACAAGGAUGCUAUGAUGUUGGUUGGAGAAAGUUACCCUUUUGUUAAAGGAAACUAUUACAUGACUAUUCUUGGUGAACAACAAGAGGAUUAUAUUAAAGAAUUUGCUUCUUUUAAGGAAUCUAAGGUUAUCAUAGCACCUAGGACUUGGUUGGAUUUGAGGAUUAGAGGGUCACAGUUAAGUCAAAAUUUUAGGAGGAAAUGUAAGAUUGGUCCAAAAGGGUUGUUUGCUUAUGCAGCAGAUGUGAAUGGAACAAUGCAUUGGGUUUCUGAGGCACAUAGAAACUAUUGGCAUGUUUUGCUUGAUGCUUCUUCCUUGGUUGUGGGAAAGGAUAGGUUACAUGUUGGACUUCAUAGGCCUGAUUUUUUAGUAUGUUGUCUUGAUAACACACAUUCAAAUCCUUCAAGAAUCACUUGUCUUUUGGUUAGAAAGAAAUCUUUUGACACCUCCAAUGCUUCAUCUUAGGUUUUAAUAAUGGAUGGAUAUGAUAUUAUUAUUAUUAUUAUUUAGUCCUUGUUUCAUAUUAUUGGAUGAUGUUUGAACAACAUAGCAAUUGGCAAUGUUUAAUUAAUUUGUAUCAUGAACUCUACAAAAAAGAAAAAAACUGUGACCUUUCCUUGUGUACUUUGUAGAUUGAAUAAAUGCUUUGACAUAUCCAUAUAGAGAAAAACUACUGAUUAUUGGCUUGGAUGCAUGUA